AUGGAUAUUAGCAAGAUCAUGGGUUGUCUUCUCUUUCUUCUAUUCUCUUCUUGCUAUUUGAUCAACGGGCAAGCUUUAGAUAAUUCAACGGCCAAUCUCAACAGUUCCUGGACCAACAUCACCUCUAAUGCCCAUUCUGUGGUAUACGACAGUGGGUACAAGGUAUUGGUGAGUCCCAUUCUCAUCACAGGAAUUGAUCAGAAUCCUCGUUUCGCCUGUGGCUUCUAUUGCAAUGGUAAUUGCACUUCGUUCCUCUUCGCUGUCUUGGUUGUCCCAAUCGACAAUGUUACCGGCAUGGCUAUACUGGAGGAGAGUGAACCAGUCUGGUCUGCCAACCGGGAUAAGCCCGUCGGAGCAAAUGCAACGUUGAACCUCACUGCAGAUGGAGAUUUGAUCUUGCGAGACUUCGAUGAUAGUUUGGUUUGGUCAACUAACACAGCUGGAAAGCCCGUCGUUGGAUUGAAGAUGACCAAGAUAGGAAAUCUGGUGCUCUUCGACAAAACGAACCGAACCAUCUGGCAGUCUUUUGAUCACCCAACAGACACCUUGGUCCCUGGGCAGAAGAUGGUGGCCGGGCAGAGACUCACGGCUAGUGUCUCUUGGACGAAUUGGAGUCGAGGUUUGUUUUCAAUUUCUGUUACUAGUGAAGGUAUAUUUGCUUUCGUCGAGUCGGAUCCUCCGCAGGUUUAUUUCCAACACUCGCUCCCUGGAAAACUGAGCUAUGUGAUAUUCUCGAAAGGAGGUAUUACCAUGUACUCAAGCGAGAAAAAUGAAACGCGUGUUUCUCCUCCAGCAUCGCGCCUGCGGUUCACUCCAGAUGGCUUUUUGAGUGCUUGGGAUUGGUUAGAUGGUUGGCAGCCGGUGAAGGAUGUGCUGACGGACAAAAUGGAUUUAGGAAUAUGUGGUUAUCCCACGAUCUGUGGGAAUUAUGGUCUUUGCUCAUAUGGACAGUGUAGUUGUCCCAAAGGAACUGAUGGAGAGGCAAGCUAUUUUACGCCAUUAGAAGAGACGCAACCAAACAAGGGGUGUUCUGAAAUUACUCCUUUAUCUUGCCUGCCAUCUUCUCAAUCUCACAUUUUUCUAAAGCUCAACGACGUUACUUACUUCACUAAUGCUGCUUACUGUCCAGAUAUUACAGAUACAAGUAUGGAGAGUUGCAAACAGUCUUGUUUGAAGAACUGUUCCUGCAAAGCUGCUUUCUUUCAGUAUUAUGAAAAUGCUUCAAUAGGGAAUUGCUCUUUACCAGCCAAGCUCUUCUCCCUCAUGGCCAACAAUAAGCAAAUCACUAAUUAUAGUGCAUUUGCAUUCAUUAAGGUGCAGAAAUCCUCAUCAAAAAAGAAAAGAAGCCAGAUAGCAAUCACUUUGGGAUCCAGUCUUGGAGCUUUCUUUUUGGUUUUACUGGGUUUUAGCAUCUGGGUUAUUCUAUAUAGGAACAUAAGAGAUGCUGAUGAAGGUGAGGAGGAUGAUUUGCAUCAUGUACCAGGAAUGCCCAUGAGAUUUUCCUACGAGGAAUUGAAAGACAUGACUGAAAAUUUUUCAAGGAAGGUUGGGGAAGGAGGAUUUGGAUCAGUUUAUGAAGGGACUCUGGGCGAUGGUACCAAAGUUGCUGUGAAGUGCUUAGAAGGUCUAGGCGAAGUGAAGAAAUCAUUCUUAGCAGAGGUUGAGACGAUUGGCAGCAUUCACCAUGUGAAUUUAGUGAGAUUAAUAGGAUACUGUUCUGAGAAAUCACACAGGCUUUUGGUUUAUGAGUACAUGUGCAAUGGAUCUUUGGACAAAUGGAUCUUCAACCAAAAACAGGAGUUUUCCCUUGGUUGGCAAACCAGAUUGAAUAUUAUCUUCGACAUAGCCAAGGGACUAGCCUAUCUCCAUGAAGAAUGCCGACAGAGAAUAAUCCAUUUGGAUAUUAAACCUCAAAAUAUCCUCUUGGAUGAGAACUUCAAUGCCAAGGUUUCUGAUUUCGGGUUGUCUAAGCUUAUUGAUAGGAAUCAGAGCCAAGUUGUGACGACAAUGAGAGGGACUCCUGGGUAUCUGGCUCCUGAAUGGUUGAGUUCAGUGAUCACAGAAAAAGUAGAUGUGUAUAGCUUUGGGGUUGUUGUCAUGGAGAUUUUGUGUGGACGAAAAAAUUUGGAUCAUUCUCAACCAAAGGAUGGUAUACAUUUAAUUGGUCAGUUCAAAAGGAAGGCAGAGGAGGGGAAACUAGCUGAUAUGAUUGACAAACACAGUGAGGAUAUGCAGUUGCAUGGAGAGGAAGUUGUGGAAAUGAUGAGACUUGCAGCAUGGUGUUUACAAAUUGAUUUUACCAGAAGGCCAUCCAUGUCUGUGGUGGUGAAGGUCUUAGAAGGCGUGAUGGAUGUCGAACCAAACUUAGACUAUAGCUUCUCAUCAGCUCUACCAGUAGCAGCAGCAGAAGUAACUAGGUCUUACAUGCCUUCAGUUCUGUCAGGACCCAGGUGA